AGCUUGGGCUGUGUGUUUGUGAGGAAGACAGAAAGAAUGGCAGGUGUGAUGUAUCCCCCUCAGUACCAUGGUGUCCAGCAUUAUGGACCCCCCUAUAGACAGCCUGCUCCAUACUACCGGCCCAAGCAGCAAUAUUGGAAGCCGCCGUAUAAAGGCUCGCAGGCCCACAUGAAGCCCCCUCUUCCCUUUGAUGCUUUGGCCAGUUACAAGUGGGCUCAGCUAAAGGCGUUACUGUGCCAGCUUGGGCCAGAGCUGGGAUUGAGCCGAUACUAUACCCGGGAGGUGGGGGUCCAAGUCAACCCCCGGGUAGAUGUGUCUAUACAAUGCUCACUGGGGCCCCGUACCCUUAAAACCAGGAAGGGGAUGCCUUUUCUUUGCCAUGCUGUUCCUGGGCAGCAUGCGGGUCUCGGCAUUAUCUCUCCCGUUCGAUUCCCUCGCACCAUAGCUGUGUAUUCCAGGCUCUCAGACCGGAGACUCUUCACUGUUCCCCCUCUGUCUUCUGGGGAAGGGGCGAGGGAUGCUGGAACUCAAGCGGAGAACAUGGAUGUCCAAGAAGAGGACCUGAGAGACACCGGACUGAAAAAGCCAAACUUCCAGGUGAUUUUAUAUGGACAUGGAGUCUCGUGCAGUUCUGGGAAAGCAGCUACAAUGCCAUUUGGGAUAACUUAGCAGCUACAAUGCCAUUUGGGAUAACUUACUGCAUGUUCAUGUUUAAUAUGAGCUGUGAGUGGAUUAUAACUGCAGCUGUAAGGUUAUGGUGUAAGGAGGUCCCCUGUCUCCCUGCACACAGUGUAUUAUAACUGCAGCUAUAAGGUUAUGGUGUAAGGAGAUCCCCUGUCUCCCCGCACACAGUGUAUUAUAACUGCAGCUAUAAGGUUAUGGUGUAAGGAGGUCCCCUGUCUCCCAGCACACAGUGUAUUAUAACUGCAGCUAUAAGGUUAUGGUGUAAGGAGGUCCCCUGUCUACCCGCACACAGUGUAUUAUAACUGCAGCUAUAAGGUUAUGGUGUAAGGAGGUCCCCUGUCUCCCCGCACACCAUGUAUUAUAACUGCAGCUAUAAGGUUAUGGUGUAAGGAGGUCCCCUGUCUCCCGCACACAGUGUAUUAUAACUGCAGCUAUAAGGUUAUGGUGUAAGGAGGUCCCCUGUCUCCCGCACACAGUGUAUUAUAACUGCAGCUAUAAGGUUAUGGUGUAAGGAGGUCCCCUGUCUCCUCGCACACAGUGUAUUAUAACUGCAGCUAUAAGGUUAUUGUGUAAGGAGGUCCCCUGUCUCCCCGCACACAGUGUAUUAUAACUGCAGCUAUAAGGUUAUGGUGUAAGGAGGUCCCCUGUCUCCCCGCACACAGUGUAUUAUAACUGCAGCUAUAAGGUUAUGGUGUAAGGAGGUCCCCUGUCUCCCGGCACACAGUGUAUUAUAACUGCAGCUAUAAGGUUAUGGUGUAAGGAGGUCCCCUGUCUCCCCGCACACAGUGUAUUAUAACUGCAGCUAUAAGGUUAUGGUGUAAGGAGGUCCCCUGACUCCCACACACAGUGUAUUAUAACUGCAGCAGCUAUGGUUAUGGUGUAUGGGUGUUCAUACUUCUGUAUUGGCAUACAAACUUUGUACAUUGUUUGGCUGAGAGUAUGUAGAAUGUGCUCUAGUGGUUAUGGUGUUUACAAAAGGUCCGUUCUUAAAGAUUAACAGAUCUGUUUAAUGUAGAAUCCACCAUUUCUUCCAUAUUUCAUCAUCCUGUAACUGGGUGCCUCCAUCUUAGCUCCUUUUCAAUCAUUGUUAUAAGCUCCACCCAUUACACCUGGCAGUCAGCAUAGAUCGCUUACAGAGAGGAGCCUUGACACAAUGUUUCCAUUUGCAUUGUGUGCCUUGGUGAUGCCUAGUCUAAACUGGAUUGUGCCAUUUGCUAAAUUUUUAAUAUAAAUUUAUUCUGUGACAUAGGUCCAGAGAAGUGACUGUUGGUCUGGAGCAGGACUGAAUGUGAGGGAUUCAAGCUGGGAGAGUUAACUCCUGGGGUACGGUUAGAUGGAGAUAUAAUGGUGACCCGCAGUGUUGUGAAUACAAACAAGUGGAGAAAUCACACUCUGAGAUGGAUGUGUCGAUUGGAUGCAGUGACUGCCGAUGUUUACACUGAUUUUAUAUGGCCUGUCGAGAGACUGAAACACUUGCUCAUAUUGGAAAGAACAGUGACCUGGGAGAUAUUGUAUUAACCCCUUCGCAGCCACAGGAAGUUUAAGCAUAGGCUAACGUUAGCCGCAGGGCCAGAUUUACAUGCCGGGUCCCUGUAGACACAGAAUUCGAAGGCGCCACCUAUUUCCCAUCCAAAAAAAGCAGAUACUUUGAGUUUAAUUUAGAUUGCAUGGAAUGUUAAUUAAGAGGAUUAAAUGGCAUGUGGCUAUAUUUGCGGGAUAAUGUAUGUUUAGGGUUAGAAUGCGGUUAAAUUUAGUGUGGUUUUUUUUAAAUUAAGGAUAAAGUAAGCGUUUAAGAUUUGGAAAAAGUUAAAUUUCGGGUUGAAGGAAAGGGCUGUUCAGGGCCCAUGGACACUGUUGGGUUAUCAAGUACUCUCCUCGUCUUUCAUACAUCAGCCAGCCUCCUAUGAUUGAUAACAGAUGCAGGAAUUGCUAUACAGCAUAUAUCACUCGGUGCUGUCCUGUGAUCUACGGCGUGUAUCACUCGGUGCUGUGUAUAUAUGCUGAUAUACAAAUAUGCCAUAGAGCCCUAGUCACCUAAACGGUGAUUAGGACCCCGUACCCUGCCGAAUAAACGGUUAAUUAACAAUUGAAUUGCUUGCCUUAAUCCAGCGUCUGGUUUACUCGGCGCUGGUGACCUCUUCCUCCUUUGACAUCAGCGUCUGAGCGGGUUUGAAUGAGCAUGCGCAUGCAUUUAAACCUGCCCAUAGGAAAGAAUUACUCAAUGCUUUCCUAUGGGAAUCUUUUUUGAUUCUGGACUCCGUGUGGACGUCCAGCGUCAAAUAAGUGUGAUUUACUCAAUGUCGAUCUCAGAAGCGACCUCACUGACAGCCAGUAGAGGCUGGCUUAACUUUAAAAUGUAAACAGAGCAAUUUCUCUGAAACUGCUACAUUUUCAGCAGCAGAGUUAAAACUAGGGGGAUGGAUUGGGUAGAAUAAUCUAGCCCUGGAGAGUGGAGAAAAUGGAAAGAAUUGGGAUAGGAAUAGGUAAGUAAAGGGUCUCUACUAGUAAAGGUAAGCCCCCAUAAAAGCUCUUGAAAGUAAAUACAUAAAAUUAGGUAUAAAAACCUACACGUACCAGGUGAUCCCUAAACCAAUAAAUAGCUAUAAAAAGUGAAGAGCGAAGUAAAACCAAUACAGAUAGAGGCAUUGGCAAUAGCAAAAGAUGCAAUCUAAAAAACGAGCACUAGAUGGCAGCCAAGUACUGAGUGAUCUCACAUAGGAGGGGAAUAUUCACUAAACAAUCAAUCAGCAGACAUAAAAUCAAAUUAAAAAAAAUAAAUAAAAAUCAAAUAUAAGAGUCCAGAAUGUGACCUAAAAUUUUCUGUGACUCCAAAGAAUCAAUACAGUCUUAUCUGUUGUGUAAUGUACCACUCAGUAGUCCAAUACUUGGAAAGAGGAGUCCAAAUUGAUGGGAUAACGAUAAACGUUGGUAGCUGAUGUUCUGGAUACCAAAGUUUGUUUGAUGUGGAGAUUGGACCUGCUAAGAAAUAAUCCUACUGUCACAGUCAACACACUCUGUAAUUAUCCAUUAAAAAGUUACAUUCAUGUGUCAGACUAUAAACAUACUAUAACCCAUAAUGGUAAAAUGUAUCAAAAUGUUGCAUGAAAGAUAUUACUCACAUACCACUAUAGCAGGUACAUGGUAACAUUACAUGUAUGUAUAUCCACUCCCAAACAUGAAGUGUAAUAACGCAGCAAAUAAGUCCUGGGGGUCUGCAAGAGCGGGUAAUGUUGGAAAAAUACUGUGGAAGAUCCUGUCCCCGGCCGGUGAGGUGAUCUUGCUGAGCUAGGAGAGAUGGAACCCUCUUCGUGUGUGUUCCAGUUAGUGCGUCCGCUCUGCAUUCCACGGUACUCGGUAGCUGCAGUGAUGUCAGUAUACGAUGUCAGUAUACGAUGUCAGUACGCCAGGAUGCCUUACGCGUUUCGUGACGAUUCAGUCACUUCCUCAGAGGCUGAUUGCCAAUUCCUCUAUCUGUAUUGGUUUUACUUCGCUCUUCACUUUUUAUAGCUAUUUAUUUGUAUAUUAGACUUAACCUUUUAUUGGUUUAGGGAUCUCCUGGUACGUGUAGCUUUUUAUACCUAAUUUUAUGUAGUUAAAACUAGGGGGACCUGGCACCCAGACCACUUCAUUGAGCUGAAGUGGUCUGGGUGCCUAUAGUGGUCCUUUAAGACUGAUUGGACACUGGCCAAGGCUCCUGGUACUUGCCUCCCCUCACCAUCCCUAGUUAUCUACCAAAAAUGUUCUUUAACUUAAAACGUAAUAUCUUACACUUAAACACUUUUUUUUUUUUUUUUUUUUUACUGGCUAAAAUCUAAAGAAAUAGUUUAAAUGAGAUGUUUCCAUUCAGGUGCAUAUGGAAUCCAUGUGUGUUCAUCCAACUCCUCAUUCUAACCGUAUUGGUGAAGGCAUGCACCCAAAGCGGUGUGGUCCAUCUGCCCACCACUGCAUUGUGGGAAUAUCACUGUAGCAAGACGUCCUGUCCAGGUGGAUGAUGCUGUGUGGUCAGCGCUGUGACUGCUGUGGCCAGUUUAACCUGUGGUUAAUAAUUUUGGUUUUCGCUCUUGUCUCCUUGCAGUUCUUGGAGCAGAAAUACGGCUUCUUUCACUGUAAGGAGUGCCAGGUGCGCUGGGAAAGUGCCUACGUGUGGUGUGUCUCUGGAACAAACAAGGUAAGGGCCGCAGGGGCAUCUGGCGGUCAAUGUCACCACCAUCUAUACUGGUUAGUAACCGGACAGCACUUCAGACAGCUGACCAUAACAUACAGCAAAUCUAACCUAUCACAAAAUGCACACGAACAAGUUGAGUGUACUUCUUGGUGUGGUAUUUAAUAAAAACAUAACUUUUCUAUGUCUCAAAGAUUAGAAUUUCUCUAGUGCAAUUCUCUCGAAAGCCAUUUGUUAUAGAACGGUGUCCGUGUGCCAUGGGCCCUAGCUUGUAAAUUGUAGCCAUAUGUUCAUUCUUACUGCCAGACACUAUAGUUGUGCUCCUGACUGGUUCGUUCACAAUCCACAGCUACUGAGAGCAAAACCGUAUUGACACAAGUCAGAUACACCAUGACAACGUCUGAACACACUAUAUGGAAUAAUAUUGUGUAAUAUUCUACAUGUACAUAACCCGCAAUGUAAAGUCCAUUCUGCAUUUAUGGUGACUUAAAGAGAUGGAAUUCUAUGCUUUUAUUACACAAUCUAGCUCUGACUGGUAAUGCUGGGUGUGCAUUUUGGCCAUAGCUGCAUGUUGUAGGUAACUAACUUUCCUCCCCAUAAUAACUUGCUGUAUUUAUCAUCAUCAUCCAGGUGUAUUUCAAACAGUACUGCCACAAAUGCCUGAAAGGUUACAAUCCGUACUACGUGGAGUCUAUUGAAUGCAAGGUAAGGCUGUGCGGCUGGCUCGGGUACAAACUCCAUUCUAUGGCGGUGACUUUGGUUGGUGCCAGGCUCCUUCCAGCCAUUAACAAUGAAUCCAAAUAAGGCCAAACUCAAUACGUCUCAGAGGCUCAAUGUUCCAUAGACUGUAGGCCUGCAGGUUUAAUAUUACAUUGAUUGUUACAAUGAAGCCAGGUCAAUGCUUAUUGGGUGAGAGGCUAAACGUAACUCUAAUAAUGGAUCAGUAUGUUGGUCCUGUCCAAGAGAACUGUAAUACCGAUUGCAUAACUAGUACUUGGAACCAUUUAAAAUACAGCUGGAAAUUAAAACCUUGGGCAUUGAGCAAACCCAGAUUAGCAGAAAUGGGUGAUGGCCUCCAGUUGCUUCCUGAUGGUAUUUCUGGUCAGGAAAUACAUGUAAAACAUCCUAGGUGGGGAUUUGUAUGAUCUCCCUAUGUAGCAAUGGUGGUCUGAUGGUAACCACGAACGAAUGAUCAGACCAGUGACUGACGUUUUCUGUGUAGAUCUGUUCCUUUGGCGACUUUUGUCUGACGGUUGCCCACCUCCUGACAACCCUCUAUCUCCUGUAUGUAUUAAGGUAAACUGUUUCCCUUUUUGUCCUGUUUCCAUACAAUGCCUUCAUCAGACCAGUAAAUAACAAAGCGCAGCAACACUUUAAUUGGCCCCCCCCCUCCUCGUACAUAGACAUGAGCCAGACCUCGUGCUGCCAUUGGACCUCUAUGUGUAUAAAAGCAAGGAGCUCCCCAUGCAGUUUGCUCACUGUUAUCUUGGUCUUGUUUAGAUCUGUAUGAAGACAUGGUGCACAUGCCCAGACAGGAAGGCCAUCGACCUGAAGAGACCCCACUGCCAAGAGCUAUGUGGCCGGUGUAAGGGGCAGAGACUGUCCUGUGAUAAGACGUACAGCUUUAAAUACAUCGUCUGAGGCACCAGCCAACCAUCUAAAUAUUCAGAUAUUUAUUUCUUCGAAAUAAGCUUUAAUAAUGGCUUAUAUACUGGAUAAAUAUGUAGAUUUUGUACUAUAAUUUGUAUAAAUGUGACUAAGCUGUAAAU